CCUUCGCUUUAUUCUCAACUCCACUCCAUCAGACCACGGCUCUGCCUCCACCCUCCGCCUCUCCUCGCUCUCGCCCGCCGCAACAGUCAUCACUGUCGACUACCCAUCCAGGAUCCGCGCCCCUACUCCGAGGACACAACGUGAGUAGGCGCGGUGGUGCUCUGCUCUGCUUGCUUGAUUGAUUAUGCGCUCUGCUGUGUCCUUCCCUCCCCUUUCCGUGGCCGUUUCCUCUUGAUAAUCUCUUUUUCUGUCCUUCCCGGAUGGCCGGAUCAGAAUGAAGUUUAUCCAUAAGCGGAUAUUUUGCUUUCCUUUCUGUUGAAUCCAUACCUUAUUUAUCUUCGUUAUCCGCGAAGAAAAUCCUGCCAUUUUUAGAUUUCGAAUUAACCUCUCUUUCUAUUUUGCUCAACUUGUGCAGGGUCGAUCGGUGUUCGAGCUGGGCAUGGAGAGAUUGCCGUCGAUCGGUUCGUGCCCCUCUUGAUAUAAAGCUUUAGCCUGUCUGACCGAUCGAUCGAUCAAUCGGCCUUGGUUCUUGAUUCGGAGCGCGACAUUGGCACUAGCGUCUGAGCUCGGUAAGAGCAAGAGAUUCGGCUCUGUUAAGAGGAGAGAAGAUGGUGCUUGCAAGCACGUCCAAGGUGGUGCUGGGAUGCGUGGCGUUCGGCAUCUUCUGGGUGCUGGCCGUGUUCCCCAGCGUGCCGUUCAUGCCGGUGGGCCGGACCGCCGGCUCCCUGCUGGGCGCCAUGCUCAUGGUGCUCUUCCGCGUGAUCACGCCCGAGGACGCGUACGCGGCCAUCGACCUCCCCAUCAUCGGCCUCCUCUUCGGCACCAUGGUCGUCUCCAUCUUCCUGGAGCGCGCCGACAUGUUCAAGUACCUCGGCAACCUGCUCCAGUGGAAGAGCCGGGGCAGCAAGGACCUGCUCUUCCGUGUCUGCAUCGUCUCCGCCAUCGCCUCGGCGCUCUUCACCAACGACACCUGCUGCGUCGUCCUCACCGAGUUCAUCCUCAAGGUCGCGCGCCAGAACAACCUGCCGCCGCAGCCCUUCCUCCUGGCGCUCGCCACCAGCUCCAACAUCGGCUCCGCUGCCACGCCCAUCGGCAACCCGCAGAACCUCGUCAUCGCCGUCGAGAGCGGCAUCUCCUUCGGCCAGUUCCUGCUGGGGGUGUUCCCGGCCAUGAUCGUGGGGGUGCUCACCAACGCGGCCAUCCUCCUCUGCUACUUCUGGAGGUACCUGUCCGUGGAGCCGACGGACCAGCAGGAGCGCGGCGCGGCCAAUGGGCCCGAGGUUGUCGCUGACGACGAGGUCACCUCGCACCGGUUCACGCCCGCCAGGAUGUCCCACGUCUCCUCCCUCAACCCGGACGACUUCGACUGCGUCAGCGAGCCCAUCAUCCGGAGCGCCAGCGUCAACGCCAGCGUUAACGGCGACCUGAGGAGCCGGAGCAUCAACUCCGAGGCCGACAUGCAGUUCUCCAUCAAGUCCCUCCGCUCCUCCAGCAUGUCGCACGAGAUGGUCGAGGUCUCCACUGUCCCCGCCGCCACCCUCGACGGCGCGUCGUCCAGGAAGUUCACCAGGACAGCCAGCCAGCAGAGGAGCGUCAUCAUCGAGGACGCGCCGCCAUCGCCGCCAGACUCCGUUGCUGCCGACGGCGAGAAGGACAAGGAGCUGCCUGAAGUCGUGGAGAAGAGGUGGAGAGUUCUGGUGUGGAAGACGGCCGUGUACCUCAUCACGCUCGGCAUGCUCAUCGCCCUGCUCAUGGGGCUCAACAUGUCCUGGACCGCCAUCACCGCCGCUCUGGUUCUCCUCGCGCUCGACUUCACCGACGCCCAGGCCUGCCUCGAGAAGGUGUCCUACUCGUUGCUGAUAUUCUUCUGCGGGAUGUUCAUCACGGUCGACGGAUUCAACAAAACCGGCAUACCCAACACGAUGUGGGAGCUGGUAGAACCCUACUCACGGAUCGACAGCGCGAAAGGCGUCGCACUUCUCGGAGUUGUGAUCCUCAUCCUCUCGAACGUGGCAUCAAAUGUUCCGACAGUUCUGCUGCUGGGGACAAGGGUGGCUGCCUCGGCCGCGGCGAUCUCGCCAGCGUCAGAGAGGAAGGCGUGGCUGAUACUGGCGUAUGUGAGCACCGUGGCCGGGAACCUGACACUGCUGGGGUCAGCUGCGAACCUGAUCGUGUGCGAGCAGGCAAGGCGCGCACAGUUCUUCGGCUACAACCUCUCCUUCUGGAGCCACCUCAAGUUCGGGGUGCCCUCCACCAUCGUGGUCACCGCUAUCGGCCUGCUCAUUGUCAGCAGCUACUAAACCAAGAAAUCAGAGAUGGUACCGCCAACUGUGCAAGAAGCAGAACUAAAUCCAUCCAAUAAGGGAGUGCUACAUGUAAAAUCAGUAGGGUUCUCCGGGGUCUCGUGUUAACACUUGCGUGUAUCAGCCUGUGUGCUCUGCUCUUGCUCACCUGUUGUCGCUAAGCAGACGACAUGUGAUCAGGAUAUAGAUUGCAGCCUAAGUAACCUGCAUUUUCCAGAGAUAGGUUUUGUUGAAUUAAAAAUGCUAUUGUACCUUUGUUUCCUUUUUGGCGUUCCAGAAUCAACGUGGUCCUGCAUCGUUCAGUACUUGUAUAGCUUUUUCUAAAUAUUUUAGUGAAAAUACCAUGUAGAUAUCGUAUGAAGUACAUUUCAUGUUGUAUCUAAUGAUACUGAUUUGGAAGUGUGGAUGUUAUAAUCGUUUUUCUACAAA